AUGACAGAAUAUUGGUUAAUAUCUGCUCCAGGAGAAAAAACAUGUCAGCAAACAUGGGAAACAAUGAAUAAUUUGACGAAUAAACAGAAUAACCUGUCAGUCAAUUACAAGUUUCAUAUUCCAGAUUUAAAGGUUGGAACAUUGGAUCAGUUAGUCGGUUUGUCUGAUGAUCUUGGAAAAUUGGAUUCAUUUGUUGAUUCCAUUACAAGAAAAGUUGCUGCUUAUUUGGGCGAAGUUCUCGAAGAUCAAAGAGAUAAACUUCAUGAAAAUUUGAUGGCCAACAACAAUUCAUAUCAUAUAUUAAACACAUCUAUUGAAAAAACUGGAAAAAUUAACCAGUCUGGCAACUCAAGCCAUUUUAAAGGAAGAAUUAUAAAGUGUGAAAUGAAUUUCAUCAAAAUUAUUCACUUUUCUUUGCUUUCAUACAUGUCUCAACCUGAUCCCUCAAAAUAUAAUGGAUUCUUAAAUCUCUGUUCCAAAUAUUUUCCAAAAGAUGGAAUGCCUCCCAUUUUGUGCUACUUAUAUAAUUCAGUUGACGCCAUUUUUCGAAGGAAGGCCUUUUUUAAGGAAUAUUAUGGUUUGGCACUUGGAAACCUAGCACGGACCCAUUUUCUUAAGAUUGUGAUUUGCCAAGUUAUUAUAACGCGUUUUCAAUGGGACAUGGCCAAGUAUCCGAUCAAACAAUCAUUGAGAAACAUUGCGGAUAUAAUAAGUAAACAAAUAGGGCAAAUUGAUUCCGAUCUCAAAACAAAAUCAAAUGCAUACAAUCAGUUAAAAAGCCAUCUUCAAAAUAUGGAAAAAAAACAAACUUUACUUACCCGAAAUCUGGCGGAUUUGGUGAAAAAAGAACAUUUCAUUUUAGAUUCCGAAUAUUUAACAACAUUAUUGGUUAUAGUUCCCAGAAAUAAUUUUCCAGAUUGGCAAGGUCAUUAUGAAAAACUUACCGAUAUGAUCGUUCCACGUUCCAGUCAACUUAUAACUCAGGAUAACGAUUAUGGUCUUUUCACGGUGACACUUUUUAAAAAGGUCGUCGAAGAAUUCAAAUUACACGCAAGAGAAAAAAAGUUCGUCGUUAGAGAAUUCACGUAUAACGAAGAGGAAAUGGCUGCCGGGAAAAACGAAAUCACCAAACUAGUCUUAGAUAAGAAAAAACAAUUCGGUCCUCUAGUACGUUGGUUAAAAGUUAAUUUUAGCGAAUGUUUUUGCGCUUGGAUCCACGUGAAAGCUCUCAGAGUUUUCGUCGAGUCCGUUUUAAGGUACGGACUUCCGGUUAAUUUUCAAGCCAUGCUCCUUCAGCCGAAUAAAAAAAAUACAAAAAGAUUGAGAGAAAUAUUAAAUCAAUUAUACGGACAUUUGGAUAGCAGCGCAUUGCAAGGCUCCGGUCAUCAAGACAGCGUCGACAUUCCAGGUCUCGGCUUUGGACAAGCCGAUUAUUUUCCAUAUGUAUAUUAUAAAAUAAAUAUAGACAUGGUAGAUUCAAAAGCUUAA